GCAGGGAGCAGGAGCAGGUGAGGAACCCAAGGUGCCAACUCAGAGGGGCAGCAGGGACCGGGUUUUCGUGGCCAAAUUCCAGCGCUGAGCAGUUUGAAAGGAGGAAAAUGGUGAUUCCAGUUCUGCACUCACCUGGAUUCAGAGAGGAAUGAGUGGGAUGCAGCGUUGGAAUCCAGGCCUGGAUUUGUAUCUGAGGGAAUUGUGGUCAGGAAGUUCAGCUCUGUCUCCUCAGCAAGCAAAAUUCCUGAAUUACGGCCCUGAACAGCAGCACAACUGGCGAGGAUGGCCAAGCUGCAGAACUUCACUUGGGCAGUGGAAGAUAUUUUCAAGGAAACCUUCCUCAAUUACAUGAACAACUGGAGGAGGAACAUGACAGAAGCAGCGAAUAAACUGCAGGCUGAGGUGGCUGCUGAAAACUUUGACUACGUUAUCCUGUACCUGAUGGUGAUGAUUGGGAUGUUCUCCUUCAUCAUCGUGGCCAUCCUGGUGAGCACUGUGAAAUCCAAGAGGAGGGAGCACUCCAAUGAUCCCUAUCACCAGUACAUCGUGGAGGACUGGGGGGAGAAGUACAAAAACCAGGUUCUGAACCCAGAAGAUCUCAAGUGUGUGAUCCAUGAAAACCUGGGGGCAAGGGAUAAAACAAGCCCGGAGUCACCUUGACUUUCUGGGAAUGCCAGCAGUGAGGGAUUCAUGGAGUCACACAGAGGGAACUCACUGGAA